UUACAGCCAAAGUUACAGCUCUUCAUUUCUUAAAAACUAACACUGGAUAGAACUCUGUAUUUUACUUGAUUCUAUAUUAGAUUUUGAUUUCUAAGCUACAGAAAAGGUAAGCGUGUUCAGGAGAAGAUAACCGCGUUACCAUGGCAACCCUCACCGGCUACCUGGCUGGGGCGGUGAUGACGGUUGUGACGAUUGGACUGGGGGUGAAGGUCAUGAGCGCCAUCUUGUCGCACAGGAGGCGGGUCGACGCCAUGAGGAGGUUCCCGCAAGACCCGACCCACCCGUUCUUCGGUCACCUUCUGCACUACGCAGGUCCUAACGAGAAGGGGCUGGCUUUCCUGCGAUCCUGGACGGAAAAAUUCCCCCGAAUAUUUGUCGGCUGGCUCUUCUACUUACCGCUUGUGAUCGUGAACCACCCAGACACGCUCAGAGUCAUUCUCAAAUCACCAGGUCUGAAAGCGAAAAGGUUCUACAAUUUCAUUCAGCCUUACAUAGGGGAAGGAUUGUUCAGGAGUGAGGGGGAGAGGUGGGCUAGGAACAGAAGAGUUCUAACAACAGCCCUCCAUGCGAGGGCCUUGAGGAAUUAUGUAGAGCUCAAGAAUAGAUGCACAGACACACUUUUAAUAAAGUUUCAACAAGCAGCUGAAACAUCCCAGCCCUUGAAAGCGUUUGUCAACAUCACGAUGUUCUCUUUUGAUGUCAUCCUUAGAUGUGCGAUGUCCUACCAGACUGACUGCCAAAUUGAGGGGUUGUCCCACCCCUACGUUGAGGCCGUGGACUCGAUAGUCGCCUUGAUUGUCCGCAGGUUUUUUCGGCCUUGGCUACACAAUGACUUCAUUUACUUCCUGACCUCUGAAGGCCGCAGGUUUAAACAAAAAUGUAACUUUGUGCACGGUGUGGCAGACUUCAUCAUCAAAAGCAGACGUGAAAAACUGAAAACGGAAGAUCCAACGGACACCGAGGGGAAAAGACACAUGGACCUUCUGGACAUUUUAUUGACCGCGACUGACGAGGACGGUGUGGGGAUGACAGAUGUCGAAAUCCGGGAUGAAGUCAACUCAUUUCUGCUGGCAGGCCAUGACGCGACUGCCAGUGCCAUCAGUUGGACGCUCUACUCUAUAGCCAAGCACGGAGACGUGCAGCAGAAAGUCUGUCAGGAGAUUGAUGAGCUUAUGGCAGACAGGAGCUGCACAGACAUUUUGUGGGAGGAUCUAUCCCAACUCCCCUACCUGACGAUGGUGAUGAAGGAGUCUCUGAGACUACACUCCAUCGCACCGUUCAUCCACCGACAGAUGACCUGUGACACACGGGUCGAUGACCUGGUGGUACCUGCAGGGACGGAGGUCUCGUUGUCUCUCUACAACACGCACCACAACCCGCAAGUCUGGGAGGACUCGAUGAAAUUUGACCCCAACAGAUUUCUACCAGAGAAUUCAGAGAAAAGAAAUCCCUACGCUUUUGUGCCUUUCUCGGCAGGACCCAGGAACUGUGUGGGACAAAACUUUGCUUUGAAUGAAAUGAAAAUUGUUUUGGCUCGAAUCUUAUACAGGUUUAACAUCAAACUUGACCCCAGUCACACAGUUGAGAAGGUGCACGCGCUGGUGAUGCAACCAACCGACGACAUCAACCUACUUGUGACGUCAUGGCGCUAGCACAAAAAUAA